UGUCUGUUAACCCUGGACAUGAGCUGUUCCCCAUCCACGCACUUUCCUUCUCAUAUGAGAGAUGACACCCAGAAGUCCUUCCUGACAUCGAGGGACAAAAAGGGUGAAGACAGAAGAACUGACUGUUGAUCAAUGAUGCUUUUGGAGAAAGAUCUUGAUCAGAAGGACAUGGUGGUCUUCGCGGAUGUGGCUGUGAACUUCACCCGGGAAGAGUGGGCUUUGCUGGAUGGUGCUCAGAGGAAGCUCUACAGAGAAGUGAUGCUGGAGACCUGCCGGAACCUGGCCUCCGUGGAUUAUUAUAAUCAAGUUGAAACCAGUAAGUCACGUUCUCAGAGGAAUAUUUUGGAUGACAACUUAUCCAGUGAGGGGAAGACAGUGAGAUUUAUAAUUGAUUCUCGAUCAUUUAUUGGAGAAAACCGGUCGACGAAUAAUAAUGGAGAUCGGCACCUAACCCAGGAGACUCCUUUUAGAAGUCCUUUGCCGGAGAGUCUCUAUGAAGCUAAUGAAGGUGAUCAAUGUGGAUCCACCCUGAACGAGGUUACAUCUCUUUCUGUGCAUGAGAGAUGCCUAACUAGAGUUAAACCCUUUUCCACUAAGUGUAGAAAAGACCUGGAAUGUUCUUUCCUUCAGAAUCAGGAAAGAUGUCAAAGUGGAUACACACCUCAUCCGUGUGAAAAAUGCGGGCAAGCCGGCGGGUGUGUCUCAUGCCUAAGCUCUCAUGUGGGAACAGACCUUGUGGAGAAACCCUGUUUAAUUCAGGGUAGUGAGACAGUGUGCAAGAAAUACGUGAAGAACUUCCGUGGUAAGAAAUCUUUUUUCCAGUGUAGCAAAUGUGGAAAAGCUUUCAGUUGUUCCUCCUCCCUUCAAGCACAUGUGAGGAUGCACGUUGGAGACAAACCCUAUGAAUGUGACCAGUGUGGCAAAGCCUUUAGGUUUCCUUCAGGCCUGCGUGAACAUGUGAGAAUCCACACCGGAGAAAAACCGUAUGUGUGUAAAGAGUGUGGGAAAGGAUUUAAGAUUUCCAGAGUACUGCAAGACCAUGUGAAAACGCACAGUGGGGAGAACCCCUACGAAUGUAAGGAGUGUGGGAAAGCCUUCAGCCUUUCAUAUUCUCUUCGAAGGCAUUUGAUAGCACACAGUGGGGUGAAAUCCUAUAAAUGUAAGGAGUGUGGAAAGGCCUUCAGUUUUCAGUCCACCCUUCGAAGACAUGAAAUAACACACUCUGGGGAGAAACCAUAUGCAUGUGAGCAGUGCGGGAAAGCCUUCAGUAAGCUAUGCAGCCUUCAGUCACAUUUGUGGACAUACACUGGCGAGAAGCCCUAUGAAUGUAAGGUGUGUGGGAAAGCCUUCAGUUUUUUAUGUUCUCUUAGAAGCCAUGUGAGAAUUCAUAGUAGGGAGAAACUCUAUGAAUGUAAGGAGUGUGGAAAGACCUUCAGUUAUCAAUACACCCUUCAAAGACAUGAAAUAACACACACUGGGGAGAAACCCUAUGAAUGUGAUCAGUGCGGGAAAGCCUUCAGUCAGCAAUGUGUUCUUAAAUCACAUUUGAGAACACACACUGGGGAGAAGCCCUAUGAAUGUGAGCAGUGUGGGAAAGCAUUCAGGCAGCGAUGCAGUCUUAAGUCACAUUUGCGGACACACACUGGCGAGAAGCCUUAUGAAUGUAAGGAAUGUGGGAAAGCCUUCAGUUUUUCAUGUUCUCUUCGAAGCCAUGUGAGAUUUCACAGUGGUGAGAAACCUUAUAAUUGUAAGGAGUGUGGAAAGGCAUUUCGUUACCUAACCAUACUUCAAAACCAUGCAAGAACACACACUGGGGAGAAACCCUAUGAAUGUGAGCAGUGUGGGAAAGCCUUCAGUCAGCGAUGCAGUCUUAAAACACAUUCGAGAAUACACACUGGGGAGAAACCCUAUGAAUGUCAGCAAUGUGACAAAGCCUUCUGUGCGCCAUCAUCCCUUUAUAGACAUCUGGGAACACAUAGUAGGGAGACCCCUAUGAAUGUCAGUAAUGUGGUCACGCUCUCAGCUUUCACUACUCCCUUAAAAAACAUGUGAGAACACACAGUGGGGGGAGAAUAUGGGAAUGUCGGCAGUGUGGGAAAGCUUUAAAUUGUCAGUCUUUCCUUAAACUACAUGUGAGAAUGCAUAAUGGGGAGAAACCUUAUAAAUGUAGUAAAUGUGGAAAAUCCUUCAGUCAUUUCUCCCUUCAGAAAUAUACAGGAACACACCACGGGGAGAGACUUCUGAAUGUCAGCAAGGAGGAAAAGCUUUAGGUGUUCUACAACCUGCACACACCUAAGAGGACACAUACUGCAGCAAAUGUCGGAACACAAGAAUUGGGAAAUUUCAGUCUCCCUUAAAACAUUGUCAACCUUUAGAGACAACUGAGAGAUACCCAUGAAUAUAAAGAAUGUGGGAAAUUUUUUGCUUACAUGAUACCUGAUAGCUAAGAGCAGGAUGGACAUUAUUUACAUGUUACAACUUUGGUUCGGUUUGUGUAACAUCUCAUUUUUGUGUAAUGUGUCAGUAGUUCAGUAGUGAUCACAAUAUACCAAUUUCUAGUUCAUGUUUUGAUAUGAACGCUUGAGGUCAUAAAUAUCCCUCUAUGUUCCCUUCAUCUCUGCUAUACAUUUUAGUAUCUCAGAUUUGAAAUAAUUGUACAGUUAUAUAAAACUUGUCUCAUUUCCUUUACAGUGUGUUUUCAAAUCAUGGGUAAUAAGUCAGGUUUUUUUUUUUUUAUGUGAAACGUGAUAUAAUUUAUAUGAAAAGUUUUAUGACUGUUUCUUUUUAUUAUGUUCUUCAUUGGUGAUCAUGGUAGAGAUCUGAAUUGUUGAAAUAUUUCUUUUGAUCCAGUGUCUCACAUAGUGGAAUUUUCUAACUAGAUAUCUACCUUUCCCUUCUGUCUUUUCUAUUGAAAGAUGUAAAUUCUAUAAUCGUUUGUUUCCAGUGCAUAUCAUACUGUGUUCAUCACUGGUUGGAAAUGGGAUGUGAUGCAUUGAGUUACAAUUAGAGAUUUGGUGGCAUGAUGAUGAAAGCUUGUAUCCAAGUUUUUCCAGUAAAUUGUGCUGUCAGCAUUGGUGAGGUGGGAAGUUUUAUCCCAGAGUCCUUGUGAUUAUGCUUCUUCUGAGGUUUUGAGAAUAGGAAGAUGCAUGAGGUUGCAAGGUGAAGUCAAGAAGCCAUGAGUCUCAAUUUUUAACUGUCGGGAGACAGAGAUGCGUGGAAACCCAGUCGACCUGAGUCACAGAACAUUCUGACUGCUUGCUCUGUCUGUCUGGAACAUUUGAAACCAAAAACCAAAUACACGUUUGAUGUUAGUUCCCUCUGAGGCAGCAGAUUCCUCAGACUUUUCCACGAGCUCUUCCAUCAUGGAGUCUCUUUCAGGUUCACUACAUUUUCUUGUAGCACAUUGGUGUCCAUCAUGUCACUUCGGUAUGGUAUUGCUCUGUUAUGCUGUCAUCCCCCAUCUCCAACACUUCUAAUUAUGUGAUUUCUCUAGGAAGCAUCUUGUUCCUUUAUAAGUAGGUCUUUUCUCGGCCUCCACCCGGACACAUUUAAUACUGCAGCAAAAUGCAGGAUACUACCUAUGCAGGUUGCACUGUGGAGAGGCUGGACUGACCCUGUGUUGCUUGGUUGUGGAUUUGUCCCUGAGUAAAAUAAACUUUUAUGAAUAUAUUUGUCAGUUUCUGUAAAUUUUCUUUUAUAGGUGACUGCUU